GCUUCUCUUCUUCUGAUGGCUGCCUUUGAUGGAGCUCUGGUUCAUGCUGACUUCUACAACGACGUAGACUUUGUCUGGGGCUAUCAGAACGCAGGAAUCUGGAACGACGGAAAUAGCCUUUCUCUCAUGCUCGACAAUGUCUCAGGUUGCGGGAUGGUGACGAAGAAUCAGUAUCUCUUUGGAAGCAUCGAAGUGCAGAUCAAACUGGUGAAGGGGAACUCUGCUGGCACUGUAACAGCGUACUAUUUGUCUUCGACAGGGGAUAAGCAUGACGAGAUAGACUUUGAGUUCCUCGGAAAUGAGACCGGACAACCCUACAUCAUCCACACAAACAUCUUCACGCAAGGCGUGGGGAACAGAGAGGAGCAGUUCUAUCCUUGGUUCGACCCCUCGGAUGACUUCCACAACUACACCAUUCACUGGAACCCAUCCCAAGUCGUGUGGUUUGUCGACGGGAUUCCGAUCAGAGUCUUCAGGAACUACGAGAGCUCCGGCGUUCCAUUUCCCAAUCGGCAAGCGAUGAGAGCCUACUCCAGCAUCUGGGAGGCGGACGAGUGGGCAACAAGAGGUGGGCUGGUAAAGAUCGACUGGAAUUCUGCACCUUUCGUGGCCUACUACCAGUACCUGCAGCUGAGAGCUUGUCCAUGGUAUGGGCCAAGCAGCAGCGGCGAGUGCUCUGCAGCUUCCCCGGCUAAUUGGUGGACCUCGCCGGAGUACAGCACACUGACUUACCAAGAACAGGGACAGAUGAAAUGGGCGAGAGACAACUUCAUGAUCUACGAUUACUGCAAAGAUACAGAGAGGUUCGAUGGAGCAAUGCCCCCUGAAUGCUCUCUUCCCAAGUAUUAG